AUGGAAAACGUUAAAGCAAUCAUCUUGAACAUGUUUGCUGCAGGAACAGAUUCAACAUUUAUUACAUUGGAUUGGGCAAUGACGGAGCUGCUGAUGAAUCCAAAAGCAAUGGAAAGUGCACAAGCAGAGGUGAGAAGUGUUGUGGGAAAAAGAAGCUUCGUAUCAGAAAUCGAUCUGCCUCAGUUGAAUUACAUCAAAGCUAUCAUAAAAGAAGUCUUUCGGUUGCAUCCUCCUGAUCCAUUAUUAAUUCCAAGAGAGUCCACUGAAGAAAUCACCAUAGAGGGGUAUAUUAUGCCUCCCAAGACAAGAUUUUUCAUCAACGCAUGGGCGAUAGAGAAGGAUCCAGAUACUUGGGAAAAUCCUGAUGUAUUUGGACCAUAG